AAUUGAGCAAGGGACGAAUAGUAAAUAAUAAGUCUUAAUGUCUUAAUUGCCAAAUAAUGAAACAGAAAUCAAUUAUGUACGAGAUCAAUACUGUUGACAAAUCUUUAACGGGAUAUAUGAUGAUUAAAUAACCACGAGGACUGCAAGUAGGACAUUUGAUAUUCUAGGAUGGAAACCAAUAACUUCUUUAUAGUAGCUUAUAUACAAUUAUGACAAUUUACAUUUAGUGAAAAAAAAAUGUAAAAAAAAAUAUAUAAAGUUAGUUGUAAAUAUGCAAUACCAAUGAUUGAAUAACGUUAUAUUAUUAACGUUGUGAAAUCUGAUCUAUACUAACGACGAUUGAAAUCUCUUAAAAGUGUUAUGGAAAAAUAUACCGAGCUGCAGAAGAACUGCCAAAGUAUUACAACCGAAUAAUGUUUGAAGUGAGGAUAUUUUGUUGGAUUAUACUGACAUGUUUGAUAUCAAACACGUCAGGCUAUCAUUCCUUUGGAAAUGCACAAUACCAUUGUUGGCCAUUAGCAGCUGAUGCAAAUUCUCCAACACCUUUAACGUCUUGCUCUGGCGUCAACAUGCGAUGGGUUGUCCCCCCUCCUUCAGAAAUAGAAGCAGAAACAGAGUUUAACGUCACAUACGAACUCAUUCUUGAUACAACAUUCUAUACCUGGGCUUUUACUAAUGGUUAUUUCGACAACUCAGGACCAACUGGGUCAGGAUUUUCGUAACGAUGAUACGACAGCACAGGCUUGGUGCGAGAAUACGAUCUGUCCGGCUGCAACUAGUGCAGACGAAACUAACUGUUGUGUGCAUCAUGUUAAUGCCCAUUCCUGUCCCCUGGCUGGACUUCCUAACGCUCUGUGUGGACCUUGGAUACCGCCCACUGGUAGUGUAUUUACACACUCUUCGGUACUAGUAGGCCCAGUACAACAGGGAAAUUGGUCAAGUCAUAUUGGCGGACUUUACGAAGAAGGCUUAACAGCGCUUAUAGCUCAUUUCAAAGUUGCUGGCCUACACUUGGCCUUGGAAAUAGAAACUAGGGUACUAUCAAAAACAGAUUGUGGGGAUGGGACAUGUGCCGCUGGAGAGGAUUGUGAGACGUGUCCUAAGGACUGUGGAUCAUGUCCAUUACAGUCAUGGGCGAUCGCCCUGAUUGUUACAUUUUUAGUCCUUGCCGCUACUGCAGCAUGUAUCGUUUUUGGAUAUUUCCGGUAUCAACAAAGAAAGUUGUUAUGGGACGAAUCAUGGAUUGCUAAACACGAUGACAUCAAAGAAGAUGAUGGAUUAAGAGGUGCAUUUGGCAGUAUGAUAAGUGUGAAUUGUACAAGUAACAACGACAUGAGCGGGACAAACAGUAUGGCUAUGUCCGCAACACGAAAACAAGUGUUUGCUAAAACAGCUAUAUACAAAGGUAGAACAGUUUGCGUCAGGAAAAUAAAGAAAAAAGAGUUUUCAUUAACAUCAAAGAUACGAAAAGAAGUUAAAGCUACUAGGGAGUUAGAUCAGUUAAACCUGUGUAAGUUUGUGGCAGGCUGUAUAGAUGUACCGAACGUUUGUAUACUGACAGAGUACUGCCCUAAAGGUAGCAUCAGUGAUGUUCUUAUGAAUGAUGAAGUGCCACUGAACUGGGCAUUCAGGUUUUCAUUUGCAAGCGACAUUGCAAGAGGCAUGAAUCAUUUACAUGACCACAAAAUAAUCCACGGAAGACUAAAGAGUAAUAACUGUGUAGUGGACGAUAGGUGGACAGUGAAAGUCACAGACUACGGACUUACAGAAUACCGGACAAAGGACAAAAUGAUGAUAGACCUUGAUGACGACGAUGAUGAUAAUGAUGAUGAUUAUUACAAGGAAAUGAGAACACAUGUUUAUCGAGCACCUGAGUUAUCCGGACAAUCUUCAUACAUCCCCACUGAAGCCGGAGAUGUUUAUGCCUUUGCUAUUAUAUUGGUUGAAAUAGCAACACGCAACGAUCCAUAUGGUGACGAAGAUGUUAAUGACCUUCCUGUAAACUGGAAACCUCCUGUUCCAGACCUCGACCCAGAAUAUGGAGAUAAAGAUAAUACGUGCCCUUGUCCUGAUGAUUACAUAAAUUUACUGGACCAGUGUUGGGAUACUGUAACGGUAAACAGACCAGACUUUGAUACUAUAAAGAAAACAAUCCAUAGAAUUAAUCCCCACAAGAUGAGUCCAGUAGAUCUUAUGAUGGCAAUGAUGGAGAAGUAUUCCAAACAUUUAGAAUCUAUCGUAGCAGAGAGAACCCAGGACUUAGUACACGAGAAACAGAAAACCGACCGAUUGCUUUACAGCAUGUUGCCAAGGUCCAUUGCUGAUGACUUAAAAAUUGGCAAAUCUAUUGAAGCAGAAUGGUUUGACAGUUGUACAAUUUACUUUAGUGACAUUGUUGGGUUUACAACCAUUUCCGGUGCGAGCACACCAAUCCAGGUGGUUCAGUUACUCAACCAGUUAUAUAUCACCUUUGAUGAUAUUAUUGACAAAUAUGACGUAUACAAAGUAGAAACUAUCGGUGAUGCAUAUAUGGUUGUUUCUGGAAUACCUACAAGGACAUGUUUGCAUGCCCGAGAAAUUUCUAAUAUGUCGUUAGAAAUAGUAGCUGCAUGUAAAGUGUUUGUCAUACCACAUAGGCCUUCGGAACCACUCAAGAUAAGAGUGGGACUUCAUUCAGGUCCUGCCUGUGCUGGAGUUGUUGGUCUAAAGAUGCCACGAUAUUGUUUAUUUGGAGAUACUGUAAAUACAGCAUCCAGAAUGGAAUCAAACGGAGAAGCAUACCGAAUUCAUAUGAGUAAUUUUACAUAUGAAGAACUGGAACACAUGGGUGGAUUUGACUGCGAAUCAAGAGGCACAAUUCCAGUUAAGGGUAAAGGAGACAUGAAGACAUGGUGGUUACUUGGACAUACAAAUGAUUAUAACAAAAUCCAUGAAUCAUUAGACAACCCAGUAAUUCCACAAGGUAGAUUGACACCUAUCGUCAGUUCAAGGGCAGAUGUUUUGGAAGCUGAUAUUCCAGGUAGAUUGGCACAAAUCGACAGUCCACGGGCAGAUAUGUCGGAAGCUGAAAUUCCAGAAUUAGACAAUUCAAGGAAGAUCAGUAACAUCAGCACUUCAAACGAUUCCGGCUAUAAUGAAAAAGCUGACGACAUUCUACCUGAUAUAGACAUGUGAUUUAGUAGACAGAAAUAGACAGCCUGUGUGCAAUGCCUUGACUUUGGUGCUUAGCUGUCUGAAAAGUAGUGAAUGUAGCAUCGAUAACAGUUUGAAUGUUCAUUUGUAUGAUGGCGAUCUCUCUAUUCUUUUAGAUAGAACUUAUGAUCUUUUUACCUUUAUAGGGAAAACUAAAACUAUAUUACAAUUAAAUACCCCAGUCCAAGAAAACCAAUUGGUUUAUUAAAUUGAUAGUCAUACAACAUUGUCGUAGUUACUUUCCAAACAAUUUUUAUUAACUGUAAAAAUGCAUGUUUAAAGAAGGAAAAAGCAAUUGAAAUAUAUUAUAUGGCAUUAUGCAAUUACAAGCUCAAAAUGCUUUAGUUCCGUAGACAAAAUGUCCAAAUUGGGUCUAAUUAUCAAGAAAAUGUAAGAUCUCAGACAAGAUUCUAUCUUCUCGGAGAUAAACUGCAACAACUUGUGAAAAGAUUAUUAAAAAAAUGUGAUAUGAAGGAUACAUAGCCAAUCGCUGCUAUUGAAAAUCAGAAAAAUUAUUUCUUAAAGAUCAAAUGUAAAGUCUAACGUAACAACUUUUACUCAAAGGGUCACUUGUAUCUAACGAAUCUUCCAUUUCAUUCGAUUUUAAAGUGCUCAUAACUCCUUGUCAAAGACUUUAACAUUUUUGAAUCGGCAAGCAAACAAGAAUCAAUCACACUAAUUUCAUGCAGAGUCAGUUUACUCUAAAGGUGCAUGAUAAGCUAAUUUAGGAGUUUAAAUGUACGUCUUUAUCAUUUAAGGUGAACAAACCUUGUUACCUGUUAUAACAGAUUAAGUGAUAAUAACUGAAUGAUAUGUCUCACUUAUUUUAAUAAACUACAACACAUUUGUA